GUUGACUCGAGGGAAGGCCACCAUUUCGUUAGAUUGCAAAAUCCGAGGAGCUCAAAUCACUGAGAGGUAUAAUUCAACUCAAUUAGUUCGAUUGCGACCAGAGCCGUCCACACUUUGGACAUAGGGAGACCGGCGCACUGGUCACGGAACUGGCGAAGUCAACCCAUGCAUCUGAAUCAGCCCAUCUGUGAGGCAUUUGAUCAAACGGCUUCUCUGCCUCACCAACUGAAACGAUACCUUCCCGAUCUCAGGCGUCUUUAUCGGCCGUCCCGACUGACAGCGGCUGGUCAAGAUCGAGCGUUCACGACCGGCUCUCGAGUCGGCCGGUUCAGUCCUCGGCCCGACCGCUCCGGUUUUCGGAGCGGGGAAAUAUGCGGGGAAAGCAGUUGCAGAAGAUUGGAAGCAAGAUUUGGAGCAGUUCAUCCUCUCUCUCUCUUUCUUUGGUUCAGAUUCAUAUCGAUCCAAAGUUCAAUCUUCGUCGUCGAUCACAAUAAGAACGAGUGGAUGCCAGUCAGACUGCACCAACAAAUCAACGUGCUCCUCCUCCUUGCUUUCUUCUUCUUCUUCCUGCCUGCCUUCCCGUUCUACGGUUUGCUUCUGCCGUCACGCCAUGUCUCAUGCCCUCGUUUUUGGCGUCUUCGUAGGCGCCAUUGCUCUCCUCGCUGUAGAGCUCCUCUUCUCUCUUCUCUUAUACUACUGGAUCUCGGGCCGCCGAGGACGAGCUCCUGCGUCGCCAAGGCGCUACAACUGCUGUCAUGAUUCCGACGACGAGCGCUCGCUCCCUGCCGAAUGCAACAAGCAGGGAAUAGUUUGGGUGUUGGAAGCGGCAAAAGCUGCAGAGGUUGGCGGUGAUGGUGGAUCGCAAGCAAAUGGGACCAAGGAGGAGGCGGAUGUCGUUGAGAUCGUGGAGGUCUAUCCCGUCCUCAAGCACGCAAAGAUUAAGAACCACAAGCUGAUCCUGACUGAUCCCGACGAUUCUCGCACGGCCACCAUCGAGCUCUUGGAUUGUGCUGUCUUCGCGGUCUCUGCUUCAGACCGAGAGACGCGCAAGUGGGCUAACAGAUAUCCAAUCAAACUGGAGAGCAUGAACGCAGACAUCUACCAGGGAAGCAGAACAUGUUACGUAUAUCUUGAUACUUCCUGGGAGAAGGAAUCAUGGUGUAAAGCACUUCGUUUUGCCUCCUGCCCUGACAAGCAGAAACUCAAGACUUACGCAAAAUUACGUGAAGAUUUCCAGCGAUAUGUUGCAUCCGUGCCAGAACACCUUUCACCCCAGAAGCCAUUGAAGCCACAUUGUGAUCCUUCGAUCAAGACGACCAAGUUUCAGAAAAGCACACGAAUCCGACACUUACUGAACAGGUUUUCGAAAGGGGUGUCGAAGAACAAUGGUAUCAUUACACCCUCUCUCGGAAAGAAGAAGGUAGAUGACAGGGUGAUCGCCAGGAAUGGGGUCAUUCUGAUGAACGAGUUUCUAAACGCUUCAUCCCCAGAGAAAUCUUCUAGUUGUUCAUCAGACCUGGUUCGAUCUGGUUCACUGCCUCCUCUUUAUUCUGGUCUUCAUAAUGCAGCCUCUGAUGAUAAGAUUAACCGUAAUGAUACUGCCUUGUUCUGGAACUUAGUCCUUUCAAGAUUGUUUUUUGAUGUCAAAAGAAGUGCAGUGGUUAACAACUGCAUAAAGACUCAGUUUCAGAGGACAUUAUCAAACAUGAGGUUCCCAAGCUUUUUGGGUAGAGUGGAAUGUUCUGGCCUAGACAUCGGAGAUCUUCCACCUUACAUCCAUAAUGUAAAAGUUGUGAGCAAGGACAUGAACGAGGUCUUGACAGCUGAGAUUGAUACUGAAUACUCUGGUGGUAUAACAUUUGCAUUUGAAGUUGGUCAGUUAGGAUGCAGAGGAAGCAGCAUGGACUCAAAUCUGGAGCUGGAGUCUGGCUCAGAGAUGGCUUUACUUCAUUCUGAAGGACUUCAAAAUAAUGUAGAGCAAGUGUCUGUCCUGGAUAGUUCAGGUGAUGGAGAAGAAAGGGAAGAAAAGGAAAAGAAAAUUGAUGAACCUGAGCAGCCGCAGAGCAGUAACUGGAGAAGUGUAUGGUUGUCAACAUGGAAUUCCGUAAAAAAUUCCGUUGCUGAUCAGGUUUCUCAGGUUCCCCUGUCACUGUCAGUGAGGAUUUCAUCACUCAGUGGAACAAUUCGCUUGCACAUAAAACCCUCACCUUCCGAUCAGCUGUGGUUUGGGUUCACAUCCAUGCCUGAGAUGGACUGGAGCUUCGAAUCCACUGUUGGGGAGCAGAGGAUCAACAUUGGAGCAUUUACUUCCAUGUUCAAGAACCUCUUUGAGAAUGCGAUUCGUGGAAGUCUGGUGUUCCCAAACUGCGAAUGCUUGUGCGUUCCAUGGAUGCUGGACGAGAAGGACAACUGGAUCCCGGUGACAGAAGGACCAUUUAAAUGGAUUAACCAAGAGACGCUUGCAGACGUGGUGGAGCUCAACCAAGAGACGCCUGUGUGUGCAGCAAAGCUUGAAGAAGAAGAAGAAGAAGAAGAAGUAUUCAUGGACACGAUAGAGCUCAAAGCAUCAGAGCCGGAUCAGCUGCAUGAGGACACUGCCUCUUCACAAGCAAGUCCGUCCAUCUCAUCAGGUCUAUUGUGCCUCACCCCCACCAUAGGGAAGGAGGCGGAGAUGCCAAAAUCCGAAGAGUCACAGGAGAGCUGCGGUUCCACUCCGGUGAUCACCCCGGGGGAGAUUGUGCUGUGGGAGAAAACCGCAGCAGCGGCAUCAGCAUCAGCAUCAGCAUCAACGACCUCCGAGGCCGAAGAGGAUGCGAGCACAAGGAAGAAGCUAAACGUCAAAGGGCUGAAGAAGAUGGUGGGGGAGACGAUCGAAGGGCAGAAGCGCAGCAUCGGGAACAUGGUGGGUGUGUCUUUGAAGAAGUACGAGAAGGUCAAGAUGCACAACAUCUUUGGCCGCCAUGCAUCGACUGUAAGAAGCUUGCAGUGAUGGGUUCUCGGUGUACUUAUCGUAGGAAUUACCUCCUGAUGUACGUGUUGAGUUCCAUUUCCUUUCCUUCC